CUACAAAGAACUCACAAUUUGAAGAUGUCACGGAUCUGGUUUCUAUGGGCUGCUGUUUGGGCUCUCCUGGCUACUACUUCAGCUCAGCGCAGGUUCAGUGGCCGGAACAACAGAUGGGGACAGAAUGGAAGCCGGAGAUACUCUGCGUACAAGACAUGGAACUCCAGUCUUUACCCCCGGUGGAGAGAAGGAGAUCCCAGGCAGGGAAAUUGCUGGCGAGGUGGCAAUGUCACAUUUGAUAUCGGCAACGAUGCCCCGACUUUAACAAGUGCCAAAGUCACAUUCAGGAUUACUCUGCGCUUUCCCAGUAACCAAACUGCGCUGCCAGAUGGACGUGUGGUAUGGAGCCAGAACUGCAUCAUAAAUGGCACCCGUAUGAGAAAAGGGGAUCCUGUUUUCCCAGACCAGGAGGAGGAUGCUUCCGAUUAUGUAUUUCCCGAUGGACAACCCUUCUCCCCAAGCAAUCGCCGGCCUGGCAAGUUUGUCUUUGUCUGGCAGACAUGGGUCCCGGCUUCUGCGACUUCAGUCCUUUCCACUGUACCGCCAACAGUAACUGAAGAGGCAACAUCUGUAGCCACAGUUCCUGUUGCAAAUAUCAGUGCUGGGCCUGGAGAAACAGAUUUAGCGGCUGCUUCUGUGGAACCUACAGUUGUUGCAUCAUCUGAUGCCACUGAAGACAGUGAGGGUGUGACUGUUGCCAUGUCUGCAUCUCUCCCAAAUACCAUGGCAUCUACCGCAACAUCUGAAUCUCUACCAGGCUCUGUGGCUGCAGGUUCUUCAUCUACAAUAGCACCUGAGAAUGACCCAGGCACACCAGAACCCACUGUUUUGUCCCCCGUUGCAUCUACAAUUGUCCUUUCAGUAGAUAACUCUGAAGAUACAGCAGCCAUCAAUCUGGUGAGUUCGGUUAUGCCUGCCACAGGAACAGUCGCAGGAGAUGUGGUGCAGCUCCUGGUGAAACGCCAGGCACCCAGUGGAUGCCUCCUCUAUCGUUAUGGAACCUUUGCCACUGAUCUGGACAUCAUCCAGGGCAUAGAGAGUGUGGAAAUUGUGCAGGUAAUGCCACUGACGCCCGCUAUUGCUGAGAAUGCGGUAGAUCUCACUGUGACCUGCCAGGGAAGCCUCCCUGAAGAAGUCUGCACAACCAUUUCAGAUCCUGAUUGUGUGAUAGUCCAGGAGAGUGUGUGCAAUCCUGUUCAGCCAAGCCCAGAUUGCCAGUUUGUUUUGCGCCAGGCCUUCAACCAAUCUGGCCUCUACUGCGUCAACAUCUCACUGGCUGAUGCCAACACCUUGGCUGUUGCCAGCACCCAAGUCAGCGUUCAGACAGAAAGAAAUCAAGCUUCAGCCCAAAUAACAUUUGUAGUUGGAGCACUGCUGGUUAUUGCUGCCAUGGGAGCUGCUAUCUAUACCUAUAGGCAUUUGAGACACAUCCCUCUACGGGCCAUGAUGUCUGCUGGCACUUCUCCAAGGAACUGGUUUCCUGACCGCACAGCUGUACGCCUCUUCCUUGGCCAGGCGUUUGGCCGGAGGGCCAGUGGGGAAAGCAGCCCCUUGCUCAGUGGUAACGUCAUCUAAAUGGAAGUCAACAAGCCUGACAAACUAAAAACUGAACACGUUGAGCCCUGAUUCAGAAAGGAAAUCAUGCCCCCUAUAUUUCCCUUAAGCUGAUGCUCUUCUGAUGCCAGCUGAGUAAACUUCUAAGCCACUUUGAGGUGCCAUCUCAGUGCCUGCCUGGGUGGGGAGAUACAGACAGCACCGAAGUGUAGUCAUUGUUAAAGCACCACAAUUGCAUUCAGCCUGUGCCAUGCUGGUCCUAGGGAAGAAAAAUGGUAGCCAAGACAGCUGUUCCUUCGGCUUUCUGACCUACUUCGUUGGGUUGAGGAGAAAAACAGCAAUGUAGUUUUGGGAUUGUUCAUUUUUAAAUUAACGUUUUACAAUUGGCCACAUCUUCUGACAAAUGGUAAGAGGGUUAACCCUGUUCACCAGUUACUGGCCAUGUUAUUAAAUAGCCUCUCCCCCAAAUGGGGCUGCGUUAAAACUCUGUCUCCAUUUUAUCUUCUAUGCCUCAGAACUAACUGGGGGAGUGAGUCCUGGCAAGAAAGACAUGAGAGAGAGUAAGAUAAUCUCUACCUUGUCUGCAGUGGCAUGAGCACCAAUCAGCAACUGCAAACUUUUAUUUUUUCAAAAAAUAAUAAUAAUGGAAAAAAAGGAACCAGCAGCACAAAGCGACAGCAUUCUAUCAUGUUUCAAAUGGCUCACAUCUGCUUCUAAGACAUCCUUAGUAGCACAUUGCUGUUAUGCAUAAGCAUUUCCCAGGGAAGAGGCACUUAAGUUUAAUCCAUGUCAUGCAAACUUAAGAGAGAACCAACCAGAUGCAGGCUGGUAUCAUUUAAGCCAAUGGAGCAUCUCUGUAUUUUUUUAAAUUUUUGUCUGUCCAUCUUUUCUUUAAAAAAAAACCACAAUAUCUACUUUA